AUGUGGAGGCUGCAGAGGUGCAUAGUGCACGACAGUCGAGGGGCGCCCCGCUCCGUCCGGCUGAGCCCCGCACGUCGUGCGCCUCCACACUCGAGUUCGUUCCGUAAUCGGGGCAUAGUGUGCGAGUGUGCAGGUGCCACCGCGUGCCCGAGCGGCGCGCCCAACGGCACGUGCACCACACAGCCCGGCGGGUACUGCUUCGUGGCAGUCGAGGAGGUGCUCGACGAUGCGGGCCGCGUCGUGCUCGACCGAAGCGCGGGCUGUCUGCCGCCCGACGAGUCUGGAUUUAUGCAGUGCAAGAGCGCGCAAGUACCCCACCGGCACCCCAAAGGCAUCGAGUGCUGCUCGGAUAGCGACCUGUGCAACCUGCGCCUGCGGCCGCAGCUGCCGGAGCCGCCUCCCGACGCCCUGGAGCCGCCGGGCGUGAAGGCGGCCGCGCCCGCGCCCGCGCUGCUCGUGGCCGUGGCGCUGGGCGUGGCGCUGGUGGCGUUCGUGGGCGGCGCGGCGCUGCUGUGCCGGCGGCGGCGGCGCGCCGGCAAGCGCCCGCCCUCGCCCGUCGCGCCGCUCGCGCCCGACGCCUCCUCCGGCUCCGGCUCCGGCCUGCCGCUGCUCGUGCAGCGCACCGUCGCCAAGCAGAUCCAGAUGGUCGAGUCCGUCGGCAAGGGCCGCUACGGCGAGGUGUGGCUCGCGCGCUGGCGCGGCGAGAAGGUCGCCGUCAAGGUGUUCUUCACCACCGAGGAGGCGUCCUGGUUCCGCGAGACCGAGAUCUACCAGACGGUGCUGAUGCGCCACGAGAACGUCCUCGGGUUCAUCGCGGCCGACAUCAAGGGCACCGGCUCGUGGACGCAGAUGCUGCUCAUAACCGACUACCACGAGAACGGCUCGCUGCACGACUACCUGCAGACCGUCGCGCUCGACCCGGCGAGCCUCGUCGAGAUGGCGUACUCGAUAGUGAGCGGGCUCGCGCACCUGCACAUGGACAUAUUCGGCACGAAGGGGAAGCCGGCGAUCGCGCACCGCGACAUCAAGAGCAAGAACAUCCUCGUGAAGAGGAACGGGCAGUGCGCGCUCGCCGACUUCGGGCUCGCCGUCCGGUACGUCGCCGAGCGGAACGAGGUCGACAUCGCGCCCAACACGCGCGUCGGCACGCGCCGGUACAUGGCGCCCGAGGUGCUCGACGAGCGGCUCGACGGCGCCGACUUCGAGGCGUUCAAGACCGCGGACGUGUACUCGCUCGGGCUCGUGCUGUGGGAGAUGUGCCGCCGCUGCGCCACGGCCGGCGGGCAGGUGGACGAGUACGCGCUGCCGUACCACGAUUGCGUGGGGCCGGACCCCUCGUUCGAGGAGAUGCGCGCGGCGGUGGUGGCGCGCGGGUUGCGGCCGGCGCUGGCGCCGCGUUGGCUGCGCGAGGAGCCGCUGGCCACGCUGGCCGCGCUCAUGGCCGAGUGCUGGCACCACUCGCCGCCCGUGCGACUCACGGCGCUGCGCGUCAAGAAGACGCUCGCCAAGUUCAUCGCGGAGCCGCCCCUCAAGCUGGUGUGAGCGCACUUCGAGCGCCGUUUGAUGUUUCGACGAUAACGCGCUUUCGAGAGAGACCUGAUGUCGGGACCGGGUUCGAUUCGCGGUCGUAGAUUGUACUUAAGGAUCUAUGAAAAGACUAAACGCGGGGUGGAUUAUUAUAUGUAGAGAACGAGCCGGCUCCGGUGCCGGUGUGGUAUUGAACGAGGCAGAUUCACGUCGGAGCCCUCCGGAUCCGUUUAAAGAAUGUGCCUUAUUUUUAAGUACGCGUGGACGGUUCGUCUUUUAUCUGUGUGAUCUGUGAAAAUAUUAUUCCUAUGUGACCGAUCUGUAUGAAUAAAAUGAA